CCAUUACAUCUCUCUCUCUCUCUCUCUCUCUCUCUCUCUCUCUCUAUUAUCCCCUCUCUCUGAAUAUCUCUAUAGUGAAGAAAUUAUGGGAAGCCUUGAAGUUGAGAGAACAACAAUAGGUUGGGCUGCAUCUGACCCAUCUGCUGUUCUCUCCCCUUAUACUUACACCCUCAGGAACACGGGGCCGGACGAUGUGUACAUCAAAGUGAUAUACUGUGGAGUAUGCCACACUGAUCUUCACCAGGCCAAGAAUGACCUCGGCAUGUCGAACUACCCCAUGGUUCCUGGCCACGAAGUGGUGGGUCAGGUGCUGGAAGUGGGAUCGGAGGUGACCAAGUUCCGGGUCGGGGACUGUGUUGGGGUCGGGAUAGUGGUUGGGAGUUGCCAGAACUGCGCGACGUGCAUAUCGGAGAAGGAGCAGUACUGUAACAAGAAGAUUUGGAACUACAACGACGUGUACACGGAUGGGAAGCCUACGCAAGGUGGAUUUGCUCGUGAAAUGAUCGUCAAUUCCAAGUUUGCGGUGAAGAUCCCAGAAGGGAUGGCAGCUGAGCAGGUGGCGCCGCUUCUUUGUGCCGGUGUUACGGUCUACAGCCCCCUGACCCACUUUGGCCUUGCCAGGCCUGGACUUAGAGGAGGGGUUCUAGGACUCGGAGGAGUAGGCCACAUGGGGGUGAAGAUCGCCAAAGCCAUGGGCCACACCGUGACGGUGAUAAGCUCGUCCAACAAGAAGAAGGAGGAGGCUCUGGACCACCUGGGAGCCGACGAGUUCCUGGUCAGCUCGGACGAGGAGGCAAUGAAGGCAGCAGCCGACUCCCUUGACUAUAUCAUCGACACCGUCCCUGUCUUCCACCCUCUCGAGCCCUACCUCUCGCUGUUGAAGCUUGAUGGGAAGUUGAUCCUGAUGGGUGUAAUCAAUACUCCUCUCCAGUUUGUCACUCCAAUGGUCAUGCUCGGGAGGAAGACGAUCACAGGGAGCUUCAUAGGGAGCGUUAAGGAAACAGAGGAAAUGCUGGAAUUCUGCAAGGACAGGGGAUUGACCUCUCAGAUCGAAGUGAUCAAGAUGGACUAUAUCAACAAAGCCUUCGAGAGGCUCGAGAAGAAUGACGUCAGGUACAGGUUCGUCGUGGAUGUUGCCGGAAGCAAGUUUGAUGAGUGAUUAAGCACAUAAGAACAUGGAAGGAAAAGGAAGAAUGGAAAAAUCCAUUGGCUGUUUGGAUUCAAUUUGUAUUCUUGGCUUUUAAGUUAAGCAUUGUGUUAUUACUUGCUUUUGGAUUGUCUGCCCAUGUUUCGAUUGUGCACAAAGGGACAUGUUUGUCUGUACUAAAAGCAAUCUGAAGAUAUGUCUAAUUUGUUUCUACGGGACAUAUAGCCUA